ACUUCAGUGUUGAAGCUAACAUAUGUGUGUGUAAUAACAAUAUUCAGUCAUGCGCUUUCACUGUGUCCGCUGACACGGAGAAGUUGGAAUAAAGACUUAUUAUUGCUGCAUAAAAUAGAGACAGUUUUAUCACAAGUUUGUAACUACUCAAACCAAGGGUCGAAGACCGACUCCCCUGUCUCAAACGUGUCUUAAAUCAUGUCUCCAAUCAUAAUGACGCCAUAUUUAACAAGUAUCAGGCAGGCUGAGAAAGAUGAAAUCAAGGCCGCCAUGAGGACCGGUCAAAUAGUACAGCUGCAUGGCCCACCGAUGGUUGGAAAAUCAGUUCUAAUAGAGCAGGUCAUUGAUGAAAUGCAAACAAAUGGGACGAGCAAUAAUGUGGUGCAUUACUCUAUCGACUGCAAAGCUUUGAAAAGUUUCACGGAGUUCCUGCAGAGAACUUUUCUAAGCCAAGAGUCUACGUCUGCCAACAAUCUCACGUCUGCUAGAGGUCUCACGAGUACACUUGUACUUGACAAAAUACGGUCUGUACUAAAGGCUGACCCAAGCAGACGACAUAUAUUUGUAUUUCACAAAUGUGAAGCACUGCGCAUGUCAGGAAACGAUCACGAGUUUCUCAAAUUCCUCGACUGUAUUUCCAGACUCUCAGCAUCGGAGAACAUCAAAGUCAAUGUCAUCUUUACAUCUAACGUCAAAUUUCCCACCACUGGACGAGAUAUUGAGGACGUACAUCUUAGAAUGCUGACGGAUGAUCUGGAUGUUGAAAGUUUACUAAGACACUAUAGUCAAUGCAAGUCCGCGAUGGUCAACCAUGUCAGGAUUUGUCAACGGGUUCUUGCAUUUCCAGCCGGGAUAAUACAAUUUUCUAAAACAUUUCUGAAUACUGCUUCAACACAUUCAGCGCAAUCUUUGAUUCCAUUGAUUACAAGCGACCCUGAAUUCUUGUCAUCAAUAUUUCAAAGAAAACUGGAAGAGGCCACGAGGAUGAGGUGGCUGGACGAUAGAGACUUAGCUUUCAUAGCCAGAUGUCGUCCUGUCUUUCUGCGCACCUAUACACAAGAAAUGUUACACGAAAUGUUGGGACCUCAGGUCAGUACAAUGGAGCGCGAGAGAUAUCUCAGGAGACUAAGAGAGAGGCACGUCCUUGUAGACACACAUGACCUCAACAGACUCAUCUUCCACCCUUUAGUCACUUAUCUAUGUAUGACCUACAGUGGUUCACUGCGCUAUGGCAUCAGACAAAACCAAUCCUCAUUACUAACUCGUUCAGACGGCAACAUGAAUAUUACUGGGAGAGAUCUUCAGUAUUUCAGCCACUGGUCAGAGAUUAGGACGCUUCUACACAAGGCAGUACCUCAGCCCCGAGACGGGUCAUUGGAUGCGCUAUGCAAGGUCGGUGUAACGGCUGGCAAAGUAAUUAUUGUUGUCUUUGCGGAGAAAGAUGCCAGCCACCUAUACAACAAUCUGAUGAAAUAUUCAACACGCCUGGAGGCCAGUAAAGAUCUUGAUCUUGUUCUAGACUGGCAGCUCGCAGAAAGUUUUCUCGACUCCAAGUUGGCUCUGAAAAAGAAAAGUCAAUUACAUUUCUUUAAAUGGACAGCCAUUCAAGAAGUCUACGAAAUGUUACAGAGACAGGACUACAAUGAAAAAAUAAUUGAUGAAGUUGAUAAAGAGAACGAAAGCCUGCAACACUUUACAGAAACAGAAGACGAUAAUAAUAACACUGCUACUGAAUAUCACGUGACAGAUAGCAUGAGUGACUAUCAUUGCCCACAAAUCUGUACAGAAAGUCCAGUGGAUGAUUUGUAUUCAUUAUUUGAUACACUUCAUGAUACACAGACAGAUGAUUCUCACCAAUGUCCGUCACAAAGAAUUAAACCAAAUCAAGUAGAGGAUACUGACCUACGAAAAGCUUUGAAGUGUUACAAGAAAUCUUUAGAGCUAAGACGUUAUACUGGAGAUAUUACACCGUACAUAAUGUGUGUUCCUCUUGACAACUUGUCUUCCCUGCUGUUUCAGCUAUCGCAAGGAGGGUCCCUGACAGAUGAUCAUCUUCAUAAAGCUUUAGAGAUACUGUCUGAAACAAACUGGCAUUUCUGUGAUCAAGUUCUGACUCUGGAUCCUAUCACUAGGAAACACAAAUAUUUCCAGGCUUUUGAAUGCCUCUUGCAAGCCUUGUCUAGUUUAACAGAAAGAAAUCAGUUUGAUGAUUAUACAUCAACGUUUCUACUAGACCUUGCACAUCUACGAUUUGUGAUGGAAGAUGUAUCUCAAACUGGUGUGGGUGCACCUCAUCUGAAUAAAUCAGCAGAAGACUUUCUACAAGACAUAGUGUCCAUCAGAGAAUCUCCUCCACAUGCAGGUUUUGAUUUCCAUUCUAAUUACUUGUCGGCUUGUGUCCAUGGUAUGGUGUUACACCUGAGAAAUUCCAAGCGUGAAUUUGACAAAUACCAUUCAUAUUUCAAGGAUUACCGAACGUAUGUUAAAAAUCACAAACUAAUUAAAACUGAAACGAAACAUUCUAUCCUUUCGAAAUAUAACAAGUUGAGCAAGUACGUGAAGAAACAAAACUUUCAAAGUAUUAACAUCAAUAAGUUCCAUGACUGUGUAGCCGCUGUUUGCUACCGAUGUCCAAUGCUACGCCAACAUGCAGAAACAUCAAGGAGACCCCAGGCGCUGCGGGAGGACUGUAACUCUCGUAAAACACUGCCUUCCAUAUCAAGCGAACGGACGCUUUCCAGUGACGGGUCCGAGACCUGCUUAGGUGCAAGUGUUUCUAACUCUUCUGAAGCAGAGGAAAAGAUUGAGGAUAUGUUGAUGUUGGGCGAUGAGUUUGUUAUAAAUCCAUCCACAAUGGCGACAAGUGUUAUCAUCGCUUUGAACAGUUCAACCAUAGAGAGCGACAGUUUCUCGGGCAUCAGUAGUAUCAGCGAUGGAAGGGAGACUAUUAGUGUCUGUAAUCCAUCAAUCAAUGACUAAAGCUUAGAGAUUCUGCAAAUUCUAAAUACACCAAAGUGUUCUACAUCUAAUCAUUAUUUAGUAUAAACUAUUUGGAACACAUAAAACACUUUUUUAUCUGACAAUAAUAAUACCAACAGAGAAAUGUCUAACUGUUUGACAGCAUGUUAUCAUAGGGGGACUAAGCGAGAUUUGAAAGACAUCUUA